UUCAUCCUGGCCAACGCGCAGGUCCGCCGUGGCUUCCCCAUUGUCUACUGCUCUGAUGGUUUCUGCGACCUCACCGGCUUUGCCCGCACUGAGGUCAUGCAGAAGAACUGCAGCUGCCGCUUCCUCUAUGGGGCCGAGACCAGCGAGCCCAUCCUGCAGCACAUCGAGAAGGUGCUGGACGGCAGGCAGGAGUACCAGACUGAGGUCUGCUUCUACAAGAAGGGUGGAGACGCGUUCUGGUGCCUGCUGGACAUCAUGCCCAUCAAGAACGAGAAGGGGGAGGUGGUGUUAUUCCUCUUCUCCUUCAAGGACAUCACAGAGAACCAGGGCAAGAGCCAUCUGGUUGACAAGAAGGAGGAGAAGCAGAGGAGCAAGAAGCCCGGGAGCUCGCACCUGCGGGCUGCGCGGAGGCAGGGCCAGACGAUGCUGCACCGGCUUAGCAGCCAGUUUGCCUGCAGGGACCGCAGCGAGUUGAAAAUCAACCGUAACGUGUUUGAGAACAAGCCGUCCAUCCCCGAGUACAAAGUGGCCUCGGUGCAGAAGUCCCGCUUCAUCCUGCUCCACUACAGCAUCUUCAAGGCCCUCUGGGACUGGCUGAUCCUGUUGGCCACCUUCUAUGUGGCCAUCACCGUCCCCUACAACGUCUGCUUCACGGGCACAGAGGACAGCCUCUCAGCUGCCCGUAGCACCAUCGUCAGCGACAUCGCUGUGGAGAUGCUCUUCAUCCUGGACAUCAUCCUGAAUUUCCGGACGACGUACGUAAGCCAGUCGGGCCAGGUGGUGUACGACCCCCGCUCCAUCUGCAUCCAUUACGUGGCCACCUGGUUCUUUGUGGAUCUGAUCGCUGCUCUGCCCUUCGAUCUGCUCUAUGUCUUCAACGUGACUGUGACCUCGCUGGUUCACCUGCUGAAGACGGUGCGGCUGCUGCGGCUGCUGCGGCUGCUGCAGAAACUAGACCGCUACUCGCAGUACAGCGCCAUGGUGCUCACCCUGCUCAUGUCCAUGUUCGCGCUGCUGGCCCACUGGAUGGCAUGCAUCUGGUACGUCAUCGGCCGCAAGGAGAUGGAGAGCAACGACCGCCAGACCUGGGACAUCGGCUGGCUGCACGAGCUGGGCAAGAGGCUGGAGGCUCCCUACAUCAACAACUCAGUGGGGGGCCCCUCCAUCCGCAGCGCCUACAUCGCCUCCCUCUACUUCACCCUCAGCAGCCUGACCAGCGUGGGCUUCGGCAACGUCUGCGCCAACACCGACGCCGAGAAGAUCUUCUCCAUCUGCACCAUGCUCAUUGGGGCACUGAUGCACGCUGUCGUCUUUGGCAACGUCACGGCCAUCAUCCAGCGCAUGUACUCCCGCCGCUCGCUCUACCACACCCGCAUGAAGGACCUCAAGGACUUCAUCCGUGUCCACCGCCUGCCCCAGCAGCUCAAGCAGAGGAUGCUGGAGUACUUCCAGACUACCUGGUCGGUGAACAACGGCAUUGAUGCUAACGAGCUGCUGCACGACUUCCCUGAUGAGCUGCGCGCGGACGUGGCCAUGCACCUCAACAAGGACAUCCUGCAGCUGCCCGUCUUCGAGACGGCCAGCCGGGGCUGCCUCCGCUCCCUCUCGCUCCACAUCAAGACCUCGUUCUGCGCCCCGGGGGAGUACCUGCUGCGCCAGGGCGACGCGCUGCAGGCCAACUACUUCGUCUGCUCCGGCUCCCUCGAGGUGCUGAAGGACAACGUGGUCCUGGCCAUCCUGGGCAAAGGGGAUUUGAUCGGAGCCGACCUGUGCAGCACGGACCAAGUGAUCAAGUCCAAUGCGGAUGUGAAGGCGCUGACCUACUGCGACCUGCAGUACAUCAGGCUGCGGGGGCUCUGCGAGGUGCUGCAGCUCUACCCCGAGUAUGCCAGCAAGUUCACGGCGGACAUCCACCAGGACCUGACCUUCAACCUGCGGGAGGGCAGCGAGAUGGAGGGGCUCUGCCGCUACUCCCGGUCACCGCGGCUGUCGCAGGCACCACAGCCCCUUCCCUCCAUCCUGGAGGAUGAGGAGGAGCCUGACAAGGUCUUCCAGCACUCUCCCGCCACCAUGACCCGCCGCAAGCUGCUGCUGCCCCAGCUGAGCAGCCCGGCACGCCAUGGCUCCCUGAGCAGCCUCCUGGGCGAUGAGCUGUGCCAGGUCUCAGCCCUGCGGCGCAACUGCCGCUCCCCAGCCCGCUGCAGCCAGGGCCGCAGCCCCUCUCCACAGUGCAGGAGGGAUGCCCAGCUCCUGGAGCGGGAGGGCGGCAUGGGCAGGAGGCCGGCCAAGCUCCUCAUCCCCUCCCUGCAUGCCUACGGCCCCCCGGACCUCAGCCCCAGAGUUGUGGAUGGGAUUGAAGACAACGGGGGGACAUCAGAGCCACAAACCUUCUGCUUCAACACGGACCCCCCACUGCAGAGCGUGGCGAGGGACUCCCCCGUGUCAGUGACGACUGUUAAAUGGAAUUUGGGGAAGGUGCGGCACCUGUGA